GUGCGAUACAUUAAGUUUACAUGGUUGCGUUGCGGAUAAGAUCACCCGUAAAAUAGUAGUGUCUUCAACAUCCAACAGCGAGUUCGACCUUGAGAACGAACGUAAUGUCCUUCGUAGGCUGCUGAGUUUCAGGUACCAUUUACCAAGGUCGUCAUUUACAAACAUCAUAUGUUAUCUUCACCAUUAGGGUUUAAUGUCCAAAGAAAUGUAAAGAUAAAAUCAAUUUACCAGGUUAUUGGUAUCUUGGUUGGAGUAUGCUUCAAUAUAUUUUAUAUCACAGUGCGAGAUGUAGAGACUGCAGUUUGUUGUUCAUUUUCAAUUCUCUUUGGGUCUGUUGGACUAUAUGUCGACAUACAGUUACUCAGAGGACACUGGAGAGUAUGGCCAUGUAUCCUUCGACGGUACAUGUGGCUGGGUAUAGUUGGGUCAAUUCUCUCUUUAGCGGUGCUUCUGGGGAGUUUAUACAAUGAAAUGAAAAACCGUCGUAAGUUAGCAAUUAGACUAAUAUAUCUUAGAAAUGUCAUCUUUUCGGUCGGAUUUAUGGUCGUUGUCGUCCCUACACUGGUCUGCUAUCCUAGCAUGGACAUCUAGGAAGUACCAUGUUCUGCUAACAGAUGUUUAUACACUAUCAAAAGGUCAUAGUUAGUGUCUUUUCCAUUCGCUUUAGUGUGAGAUAAUUACCUUAUUAAAACUACUGGAACUUUAUUUAUACAUAUAGUUAAAUUUUACCAUACGUAUAUGGUGAAAUCUGACCACUUAAAUUACUUUGUUUUAUAUGGACGUUUAAUUGUACCAGUAAACAUGUUACCUGCCUUAAAUUCACAUACCUGUUUUUUCACCUUUUGCACUUGAUCAAAUUUAGAAAAAAUUAAGACCCUUAAUCUUAAAGUGAUUUUUCCCAACACACGGCCAAUUUCAGUUUAUGAACAAAACGGCAGUUAUCUUAUGUCGAUAAUGCAACGUCUAUUGGAGACCUGAUUUCACGUUAGAGGUAUCAGUGAAAGACGAUUCGUGGUGUAGUAGUGUGUUUCAGUAGUCUACAACUCGGUGGAACGAGAACUUCUAGACGUAAACACUCCACUUCAGCUUAAUAAGGGAACUGGAAUUAAGAAGUCUCAGGAAAAGACGACAUGCGUAUCUACUCUCAGCCCAGACGUUUAGAACGAUGAGCGAAAUAUUUCAAGGAGCAGUUUAGCUGACAUUCAGCCACUCUACGACUGCCCAUAAUUUCAAAACAGCCUGAAUGGAAUGUUGAAGUAGGUCCCGCGACUCUAGCAGAAGUUCGAAAGGCUGUAGCUAAUCUCAAACGAGGAAGAACAACUGGUGAAAGGUAGAGUUUCCCGGUAGCAUUGAGCAACAAUGCCAGGAUGUUUGGGAUGUGUUUCUCCCCCUCCAAAUGAAGAUUGUUGCCUGCGUCAACACCUGGACUAAGGAUGGAGAGUGAAGUAGUCGCACGCGUCGACAACUUCACUUAUCUUGGAAGUCUGGUCUGAUGGAAUCUCUGCACCGAUUCGAAAAAUUCGUCUAGCUUUCGCCAGUUUACGUCACCUACGGCGAAGGCGAGAUAUCUGUCUAUCAAGAGACGGACGAGUAUACUGCUCGGCAGUUCGUUCUGUUCUACUUUACGGCUGCGAAACGUGGUCAUUAAGUGUAGAAGUCGUAAGUUACUAGUAUUUGUCUUAGAAAUAUUACUGGCAUUUGCUGGGAUCACCGGAUAAGUAAUAGUGAGGUUAGACGCAGGGAAUGAUGGUAAAUCAGUUGAUGGGGUUGCAAAUCUUCAUCAACUGAGAUGGUUCGGCAACGUGUUGCGUAUGCCUGAACUCCGAUUAUGACAUUGCACAAUGCUGACUAGUGUUGAAGACAGUUGGACGGAAGUCAGGGCUGCCAAACUAAAACGUGGCAUCAGUCCUUGAAGUCAAUAAUUUCUAGUCAUAGUUAUAUUGAUAGGUGCAGAUUACUUGGAUGAGGUUCGCGUGACUAUCGUAACCAGUGGUUGGAGACUGUGUGACAUGGCUCAGAAUCGAUCACAAUGGCGUAGGUGUACGUACUCUCUAUCUUCCCUUAAACUGUGAGAUUAAAAUUGCUUUAUAUCUUUCUUCCUACGAACUAAUUUUUAUUUCCUGUACUAUCUCCUUAUACACAAUCUUCCUUUUAUAUAUUACUACCACUAAAGUAACUACUUGUAUGAAUUCGGUGUUCAUCUUAUUGUGCUAAUGAAGUAUGGCAACUUGGACCGAUACAUAUAUGUCCUACGUUGUAGCUGAAAAAUGCUUCACUCGUCAACUUUCUCGACAUAUCCGAUUAGAUAGUAAAGUAAAUGGUAAAUCGUGAUACCGAUCAUCAUACAUAGAUUUAAUAUAUGACCAUUUCAACCGAUGAUGUUUCACUGGUUUGUUGGUCCAAAUUAUCUUCAUGAUCGGCUUGGACUACACUACUUAGCGACCGUCCUCUAUAUUAGAGAAUCCAAGUGCGCUUUGAGGCGGUAACUCGGAUGAUGCAGAUCUGACUAGGUCCCACCUUGACCAUUAUUGACUAAAAGAAUUAUUAUUAGUUUUGGUGAAUGUUUGCCGAUAUUCAUCUUUGUCAGCUCCCAGUUUCUCUUUCAAGUCUGAAAAUCUCAAUCUUCCUUCAACCCGAUUUCGUGUUUCUUGAGAAUCACUUGAAUCCCCUUAUCGUAUGCUUUUUCGCACUAUUGAUAUGACGAAAGAACAUCAGAAAUAGUUGCAUCAGUUGCUUAUCGACUAAAGCUUCCAGCCAGUAAUUAAUAGACUAGUCCUGUUUUGCCGAUUUCGUUUUGAACAGAAGUUGAGUACAAAAAUCUAUGGCUGGAAUAUUAUAUAAAGCAUGAAAGUAGUUCGGCUCUACGUACGAGUUAGUAAUAGGUUUUCAUUGAGUCGGAAGUUAAGAUUAGAAAGUAAUGAGGGUCUUUACAUCCUAAGAAUAUAUUGCGAAUAGUGUCGUAUGAAUCAUGAAGUUAUCUGCGUCUAGUUGUCUUGGUGCUUUAUCAGCUGAGAAAAAUAAGUGCCACAGUUACCACUAUUUUCCAGCUACCUAUCUUGCUUGUUGUCAUAGGCACUUCUUAUUACGAUUGACGUAAUAGUAAACGUGCACAUUGUCUGAUCACUAGUACCAUUUAUAGAAUUGAACAAAUCUUUGAGAUCCAAAAUGUAAGCACUCAUAUCACGGUUGCCAUACUCAGUUAAAUCAGUGAUAAACUGGUCAGAUGUUUUUAUAAAAGACCAAGUGUAGCAGGAUAGCUUUCAGGCCUAUUUCAAGCGCAGUCUACAGCGUGAGAUUUCUCGACAUCAGCUCUUAGCACUCAAUCCUAAAAAUAGGGAAAUGUCAACAUCCACUAGUGUGAAAAGGUGAACAUAAAAAGUAUGGUUCGAAAAAAACAAGUAAGGUUGAAAUUAAAUUAAAGAUUUAAAGGGAGAUAAAGUAUGAAUUCAUCUGUCAGCAGCUUGAGGCCAUAUUACCCGGUAGUUAUCCUAUUUAUCCCAAGCGAGGAGUCCACACUUAUCAAUGGAACUCGAUGGAAGCUAGUGAUUUCAUAAACUGAUGUCUGUCGGCUUCGAACACACUCUACGUCAACAUUGCGUCUCGUGAUAGGUAUGUGUAACACAUACACCAUUCACUACGAUCGGUAAUGGUUUGUGAGACACCAAACAAAUUACCAAUUCUGCCUAACAACUGACCCCCUACUUAUAGAUUACUCACUCGGGAGAUAUACAGGGGACAGAUGCCUCGAGUUUUGUGAUCAAAUAGUUGCCACAUACAUAUACCACCUAAAUUCAAACAUCUUGUUUGAUUCGUAACAGUUUCCAAAGACACUUGCCGACUUUACUGACUGUUUUUAGCUGAAAAACUCUUGUUAGCAUCUCCGUGUAAUACUAUGUUGUUUAUAUACGUAGGGCCAAAAAAUGACGAAGAUAGAUUAAUACGUGAAGAAUGAUUAAAUUGCCUUCUAUUAAUAAGAAAUCUAAUUUUUAUUCAGUAAUUAAGCACUCAACACAUAAGAAGCACGAGUACGAAUAAGUUCUCACAAUUGUUUACUUAAAUUUAUUAUUUUGAAAUUUGAACCUGGUUCCCAUUAUCUAAAUAGCAGCCCGACGGAACGAAAUUCGCAAUAAGUUUCUACAUUUUUGUUGACAGCAAUUUAGAGCAUGCAACUAUCCUUCCAUGAUUAUCUGACUUAAGUUAUUAUAGCACUAGUAGGUCACUUCAAGGUCCUAGGAAAAGUAAGAGGGACUGCUUCCUCCCUGAGUUCCUAUACUGUUUCUCACUUGAAUGCGUAUCUAGUUUUAAAAGGAUUUUAAAAGACAAAGCUCCGUGAAGGACAAUAAAACGUUGAGUCUGGUCUUGAGUACAGCGUACAUUCGGUCUGAGAGUUUACCAUGAUGGAAAAGCUCUCAUUGUUAAAAAAGAACACAACAGUAUAUAAUCAAAGUUGCAGUUACAGACUCACGAAAAUGAAUACUCUUCCAGGAACUAGAUAAAUUCGGAAGAGUAUAUCAAACAGUUACAGUAAUGCUCACCUGUUUCAACGGAAUACAAUGAGCAAAGCAAUGUUUUGUACGAGUUAUUCUUUACGAGAGCAAAUACAGUUAAAUCAUCAUCACGAUGUUGUUGCUGGAAUGAACUCCGCCACUAACACAAGUCCAAAUUACAUUAAAAAUAUAUAUAUAUAUAAUACAGUUAUUCUUGUUACAACUAGUUGUUAGGAACAGCUCCCUAAGUUUUGCUAGUAACGCUCUGUUUAUUAGCCAAUAACCGAUCACAUUCAGUUAAUAUACUUGGAAUAAUUAUUUUCUUGAUUAACACACAAAAUAAACACCUUAUUGACAAUGAAGGCUUUGUCUACGAAAACAAUCUGGA